AUGGCGUCGGAGCCGGUGGCGCGGGCCGUGGCGGAGGAGGUGGCGCGGUGGGGCGGGAUGAGGCAGACAGGUGUCAGCCUGCGCUACAUGAUGGAGUUCGGGGCGCGCCCCACGGAGCGCAACCUGCUGCUCUCCGCGCAGUUCCUGCACAAGGAGCUCCCCAUCCGCAUCGCCAGGCGCGCGCUCGACCUCGACUCCCUCCCCUUCGGCCUCUCCCAUAAGCCCGCCGUCCUCAAGGUGAGAGAUUGGUACUUGGAUUCGUUCCGUGACAUCCGGUACUUCCCGGAGGUGAGCAACCAGGACGAUGAGCUAGCAUUCACCCAGAUGAUCAAGAUGAUCAGGGUGCGUCACACAAAUGUGGUGCCCACCAUGGCAUUGGGUGUGCAGCAGCUGAAGAAGGACCUGGGUGGUACAAAGGCAUUCCCCUCUGGAAUUAAUGAGAUCCAUCAGUUCCUUGAUCGCUUCUACAUGUCAAGAAUUGGGAUCCGCAUGCUGAUAGGGCAGCAUGUUGCUUUGCAUGAUCCUGAUCCAGAGCCUGGCGUCAUAGGGCUCAUAAACACAAGAUUGUCCCCCAUGCUGGUGGCUCGACUUGCUAGUGAAGAUGCACGCGCUAUUUGCAUGCGAGAAUAUGGAUCAGCUCCUGAUGUCAACAUAUAUGGGCACCCAGAUUUUACGUUUCCAUAUGUGACAAUACAUCUACAUCUUAUGAUGUUUGAAUUGGUGAAGAAUUCUCUUCGUGCAGUACAAGAACGAUUUAUGAACUCUGAUAAACAUGCACCUCCUGUUAGGAUCAUAGUUGCUGAUGGAGCAGAGGAUGUAACUAUCAAGAUUAGUGAUGAAGGUGGUGGAAUACCAAGAAGUGGCCUCCCAAGAAUAUUCACCUAUCUCUACAGUACAGCAGAACACCCACCUGAUCUAGAUGGCCAUAAUGGAGUGACAAUGGCUGGGUAUGGUUAUGGGCUCCCAAUUAGUCGUCUUUAUGCUCGAUAUUUUGGCGGGGAUCUGCAAAUAAUUUCUAUGGAGGGAUAUGGAACUGAUGCUUACCUCCACUUAUCACGUCUGGGAGAUUCAGAGGAACCCUUGCCUUAA